AUGGCGAAGGAUGGAUUCUGGCCCUUGCGGCCCAAGUUUCCUCGAGCAUGGGCCGCAGGAUCUCAAGUGCUUGGGCUUCUGACUGUGGCCAGCCUAUUGUUAGGGUGCAACAGAGGCGAGGAGCCACUGCCCAUUACACGCAUCAUCCACCAGCAGUACCGCACUGCAAGCACCUCUGAAUGGCCGCCUGAGUGGCGAAGCCUCUCCCGCCUGUGGCGCGUUCACCACCCUUCAUGGAGAUGGCAAUUCUGGACAGAUGCCGAUGAGGCCAGGCUCUUUCAGGAGCACUUGCCUGAGUUCGUCGAACUCUACGAGUCGAUUGCUGGCUGCUUGCAGGCUCCCAUCUCCCAGGCAGAUCUGUCCACCUACGCCAUUCUCUAUGUGCAUGGGGGUGUGUAUGCCGACAUGGACACCGGCCCUCUCCGGGCAUUAGACGAGCUCCUUGCCGCGGCCGUGAGGGCAACGGGCAGGCAUGUGGCCCUCAUUGUAAACAUUGAGAGGCCGGACGACGGCUUGCUGGAAGUUCGUGGCGUCGGCGGUCUCACGGAGCCAUACUCCACAGAUACCGACUUGAUGAUGGCGACAGGGCCCAGACAUCCUUUCUUCUACGAGGCUUUGAGCAGUAUCCGCGACUACUUCACGAAGCACAAGGAGGCGGUCUGCGGACGUGAUAGGAGUAUCGCAACGUACGACCUGAUGUUCCUCACUGCCUGGGGACGGCUCUCCAUGCUUGCGCGUGCCUGGUCUCCAGAGGGCAUGAACCAAACCAGACUCCAAUUCCUGGAAUCUCUUUUCCUGCGCGAACCGGUGGAUGCCACUUUCGCCCAUUUGGCGCUGCAUAGCCUUGCCAACCUCAGUGUCGAGUCGCUUCUGCUUCAUCCGCCGCCAAAGAGCGAGUUGCGCCUGGAGCGCUGGCUCGAACGCAUGGUACGCCUUCAGGAGCAAAGUUCUCCCAGGUACUUGGCCUUGCCUUUUUCGGAAGAGCGCUUCGGACAGCUGCAGGUGUUGCAGCAGGCCCCCGACCUUUUGAUCGCUCCUGUGGCUGUGAGCCCUGCCCUUCCCAAAGCAGUGCUGCGGGAGCUGCAUCUUCAUUGCCAGGGCGACGUUUUCUGCUUCGAGCGCAACAUCAGCGAAGAGGCCCGCCGGCAGCUGCCCAACCGCGACGCGCGACAAUCGUGGAUGCUCGUCUUCAACGACGACAACGGAAUUUGGGAAGGCAGUUGGGAUCGGCCUCAACAAGAGGCAUUUCGGCAAGCUGCCGCCAGCCUUCCACAGACGGAGCUUUGA